UGCUCCGCCCAAACAAAUGGAGUGCGUUGCGUGAGGGAGAUGUAAUAAAUACCUCGUUCUGUUGUCGUUUGUAGUCCUUUCCUUGUGUUGUACCACUUGAUUGCUCUGCUGCUCUCGCUGGUGCUCUGGUUGCUUGUUUCAAAGAGAGAAAAGCAGAGGAGAGAGAGAGUUGGUGGGUGGAGUGGAGAGAGAGGGACGGCAGAAAGGAAGAAAGGGAGGGCAAGCUCUGGUUCUCGCUGUGAUGCGUGUCUCCAGGCAGGGCUGACCCUGUUGCGCUCUCUCUCCCUCUCUCUAUCUCUUUUUCUGGAGAAAGUUGAGAACCCUAACUUGUUUCCAUCUGGAGUCUCUCUUACUGGGUGCAACCAUGAUUUUACCGGUCCGUUGUUCCUCGCUAGAUCCGGUUGACUAGUUGUCAUAAUAUGUAUUCAUCCUUGAUUGUCCUCGUUUUCUGUCACUUGGUGCCUACCGUCACCGCCCAACACCCGAUGCUCUGUAUUAUGCUGUAGUGUCAUAUGUUUUAGUUUAAUUGGCACUGGUUUAGUCCGACGUCGUCGUUACCUCUAAGACUUCCCUGCUUUCGCUCCCCGUGGAUUUGAAAGUUUGUGGUUCACGUAUCAACUGGUCGAAUUGCCUUCGACAAAGAGCAAUGCGUGAGUGAUCUGGAGCAUUUCUGUUCUGCUCGUGUGGGCAUCUGUGAGAGCACCAGCACGAAAGGUUGAUAAGGAUGGAUACCAACGACGAACCCACCAUCUCCGAACAAGAGCAGUCGGGGUUGGACCCUCGGAUCAUAAAGCUGCGGAAAGAUCAUUUGUUGGAGCUGGAGAAUUUAACGUUGACUAAACGCCCAGCAGCAUUUUUGAAGUAUUUUACCAUAGCGGUGUUCCAGCAAGUCGGGGACCUUUGUAACCAUGUUGCCGUUCAUCGAUUUUCUGUUUCUCUCACUGUCGUCUUCAUCCUUAUUGCGGGAACUUCACUUUACGCGUUAGACGGACCUCAUGAAGUGUAUGUGAAGGAGUCAUUGGCGUGGGCUCGAUAUGUUGUCUGGUGGGUCGCUCUGGGGGUGGCUUCCUCGAUUGGACUAGGUUCUGGUCUGCACACUUUCUUACUUUACUUGGGACCACAUGUCACUGCGUUCACCAUGCGAGCCACUCAAUGUGGGAGGGUGGACUUCAAAAGUGCUCCAUAUGAUACACCUCAGUGGGGUCUUACUUCGAGCUGGGCCUUAAAGGAUUGUUCUGAAAUAGGAGCUCCGCAGUAUCCACUUCUGCCCUCUCACUCCGAAAGAUAUAUGGUUCCGCUUCACAGUGUAUUGGUGCAGGUGCAAAUGGAAGCUGUUUUGUGGGGUAUUGGCACAGCAUUGGGGGAACUUCCUCCUUAUUUUGUGUCAAGAGCAGCGAGGUUGUCUGGAGAGAGACCAAAAGAACUAGAAGAGCAGUUGGUAAGCCCCUCCGAAUCGUUCGUUUCAAGGCUGGUGCAGAGGUUGAAGCUCUGGAUGGUCAAUCAUUUCGAAAAUUUCGGGUUCUUUACUAUUCUGUGUCUUGCCUCAGUGCCCAAUCCAAUGUUCGAUCUUGCAGGAAUAUUGUGUGGUCAGUUUCUAGUUCCGUUUUGGAAAUUUUUCGCCGCAACGCUUAUCGGCAAAGCGAUUAUCAAAACCCACAUACAGACCAUUUUCAUCAUCAUGGUUUGCAACCCCUACGUGUUGGAGCUUGCUGUGGAUAUGCUUACUUGGAUGGUUAAAAGCUUGCCCGUUCUUAAUCAUUUCGCUCCCAACAUCCUGUCAACUUUUGAAAGAGCGAAAGCGGAUUCCAAGGUUCAAAGGUCAACUCACUCCGAUGUGAAGAUACCUCCGAAAGGGAGUCUUGCUUCAUCUGCGUGGAACACAGUCGUGAUGAUGAUGAUGGCAGGUUUUCUGAGCUCCAUAAUGAAGUCUGCUGCACAGAACGUUCUCAAGGAAAGACAGAGUCGCGAUCUUAAAGCUUUGGAAGCACGUCUGCACGAUGUUCCUAGUACCCCAAUGAGCAGACACGAAUCCAAUGGGCAGUAACUCUUAGAGAGAUAAUUAGUGUAGGCUUUGUGUUUAAUCAUUUUAGGAUUACCAACACAAUCAUUGUUCCCAGUUAUUCGGUAGUUACAUGCAAAUUUCGGAAAGUUCUGACUAACAUGAGCCGGUUUCAGCUGGCUUCUGCCCAUCUUUAACCCAUUGUUGCCCUUCAAACUUGGCUAACCAACUGGAAGCCAUAGUCAGGGUAAUAGUUCAAAAUGUUUCAUUGUACACUGCUAAAAAUUAAGGAGAAAUUGGUCACUAACUAGGAGUCAGUUUCCCUCCACUGGACUCUUCCAAGUACAGCCCAUGCUGAGACUUUUAAACAAUUAUGGAUAGUCAGGAGCUACUGUACUCAAAAGUGUAGAAAUGAUGUAAAGUGAUUGUGCACCCAUCCAAAUUUGGAUUUUGCAAGCUUUUCC